AUUUCAUCCUCUGACGUGCUCAGACUAAAGAAAUACUGAGAGUCUUCUGAAGGUUAUCACAUAUACCACUUAAAAUGGAAUUCUUCUUUGGAUUACUUCAAACUUGCAGUUCUAAGACCUCAUGGAUCAACCUUACCUUUCUUUGUUCAAUGCUGUGCAUGUGGACAAGUGUCGAGUGCUGGUCCUACGUCUACUCCGACGACACAAUGUCUUGGUCAGCUGCUCGAACCUGGUGCAAGGUCAAUUACACGGACAUGGUGGCCAUCCAGAACCAGGAGGAGAUCACCCAUCUCAACAGCUGGCUGCCCCGGAAAAAAAAAUAUUACUGGAUCGGGAUCCGCAAGGUCAACGAUGUCUGGACCUGGGUCGGAACCAACAAGACUCUGACAGAAGAGGCAACCAACUGGGCAAAGGGAGAACCAAACAAUGGAAAGCGUUUGGGGUCGAAUGAAGACUGUGUGGAGAUGUACGUUAAGAGGGAGCAACAGGCGGGCAAAUGGAACGAUGAGAGGUGUGCCAAGCCUAAGACCGCUCUGUGCUACACAGCUGCCUGUAAGAACGACUUGUGCCAGCAUGGAGAGUGUGUAGAAACCAUCAACAGCCAUAGGUGUGCUUGCUUUGAAGGCUUUUACGGAGACCAGUGUGAGCAUGUUGUCGAGUGUAAGGAAGAGGAGGUGACCGUUCCAGAUAAAGGAAAUGUACAUUGCACUCACACAAAUGGAAACUUCUCCUACGACUCCUCGUGCCAGUAUUCCUGUGAGGAAGGAUACCAGUUGAGUCUGUCCAGACCCCUGAGGUGCACUGCGUCCAAACAGUGGUCGGAGCAGCCUCCUACAUGUGAACUGGUUCAAUGUCAGCCGAUGUCGACUCCAGAAAGGGGAUCCAUGACGUGCUCCAAUCCCCUCGGCUCCUCCAGCUUCAGCUCCACAUGUGUGUUUGCCUGUGAUGAAGGCUAUGAACUCGCUGGUACACCUCAAAACACUCUGCAAUGUGAAGCAUCAGGAAUAUGGAAUGCCUCACAGCCAUUUUGUGUUGCUGUCCAGUGCCCUGAUCUCCAGGAGCAAGAUAACGGCCUUCUGAACUGUGGAGACGAUGCAGAUGUGAGGUUCAGCUUCGGAAACACCUGCAGCUUCAGCUGUGCUCCGGGCUACCAGCUGGUGGGAGCUAGCAGGGUGACGUGCACGUCUGCAGCUGAGUGGAGUGAGAGGAUGCCUCAAUGUGAAGCCAUCACUUGCCAGAAUCCAGAGGGAGCUCACAUCAUCACACAGUGCAGUCCACCUGUGAAUGACCUGCGACCAGCCUCCACCUGCAGCUUCACCUGUGCAGCAGGCUUUGAGCUGCAGGGAGCACACAGCACUCAGUGUUCUGAGGACGGACAGUGGAGUAAUGCCAUACCUACCUGCAAAGCUAUUGGAUGUCCUGCCCCUGAGAUCCCAUCAAGUGCCCAGAUCAGCUGCAGCCCUUCUCUGUCGUCACCUGUUUCUGCCGGGACCCCCCAUCCACUUGGUAUGGUCUGCAUGUUCAGCUGUGAUGAAGGCCAUGAGCUGACAGGUGCACUCAGCAUGGAGUGUGCAAAUCCAGGCCAGUGGACCUCCACACCUCCAAAUUGCACAGCAGUGAGAUGCCCUCAGCUCGAGGCUCCUGAAAACGGCCAUGUCAACUGCUCCAACAGUGAUCCAGUAUUCAACUCACAGUGCUCCUUCACCUGCAAUCAAGAUUUCUCUUUAGACGGACAUGACCUGCUGACCUGUGACCGUAAUGGCAAUUGGACUGGAGAAACACCCACCUGCAAAGCUCCCAAGUCUCAGUUGGCUGCCAUUACCGGUGUUGCAGCAGCAGGGGGCGCUCUGUCAUUAACUGGUCUGUCUUUGGCGCUGUGGAUCCUGAAGCGACUGAGGCAAAACGCCAACAAGUUUGAGCUGAGUAGCAACUCGGACAUAGAGACUCCUCCACAAACCUACAGAAACAGCAUCGACAGAAGCUCAUUGGCUCUCUCUACCUCUGGCUGGACGUAUCAUCCCUACAAUAAGCGCAUGAACUGGACCCAGGCCCGGCAGUGGUGCCAGAGCACCUACACUGACAUGGUGGUGCUCCAGAACCAGAGAGAGAACGACUAUCUAGUGUCCACGCUGCCAAACAGAACCAGCAGUCCAUAUUAUUGGAUUGGAGUCACCAAAAAACACAUGAAUGAACCCUGGACGUGGAUUGGGAAUAACAGCACGUGGGUUGGUAAUAAUUCAUGGGCAGCAAACGAGCCGAACAACAACCACAUCACCGAGUUCUGCGUGGAGAUCUACGUGAACACAGGACCGAACCGAGGGAAGUGGAAUGAUGAGAAAUGCAGCUCUCCGAAAUACCCUGUUUGUUAUGAAGCUCAGUGUAAUGAAACUUCAUGUGAAAGAGGAAGAUGCCACGAGACCAUAAACAACAUGACCUGCCUGUGUGAGCCCGGCUUUGAGGGAGACAGGUGCCAGACAGCUGUCCAAUGCCCCCCUCUGCCUCGGCCUGAUAACGGAUACCUCAGUUGCUUUGGAGGAAACCUCACAUUCAACUCAACGUGCCGAUAUGGAUGCAACCUAGGCUUCCUGAUUUUAGGAUCGCCAGAAGUGACUUGUGAGGUCACCGGGGUGUGGAGCGGCCCAAGACCUACUUGUGCAUACUACAAGCAGGCCCUCCUGGCUGUAGCUGGGAGCGCGGCGCUGUCAGUCCUCUGCUGCCUCUGCUUCUGCUGGAUGAAACGCAGAAAAAGAAAGAAACUUGCCCAACUAAGGCAGCGUGAGGAAAUGUUUCAACAAUCAGUUGAUACCAGACAAGGCCUGCAUCACAUUCUGCUGAUAGCUGCACUCAUUGGAUUUGUCCAAGACCUGAGCAGCGGAGGAGGAGCGCAUGCAUGGAGCUACGACUUCAACAUCAUUCCAAACCGCAGAUGGCUGGAGGCCCGUGAGUGGUGCCAGAAUCACUUCACAGACAUGGUGCCCAUCAGGAACCAGGAGGAGAGUGACUUCCUCAACAAUUUGCUACCUUUUAACGCAAAAUAUUACUGGAUAGGCAUAAGCAAAAGGGAGGGAGAGUGGGUCUGGAAAGAAACCGAUGAGAAGGUGCCAGAAGAUGCUCAGAAAUGGGCGCUAGAGGAGCCAGAUAACAUCGCCGCUCAGGACUGUGUGGAGAUUUACAUCAAGAGGGAUAAAGACACAGCCAAGUGGAACAAUGAGAACUGUCGCAAGAGGAAGGGAACCGUCUGCUAUACAGCCUCUUGUAAACCAGAGUCCUGCAGUGCCCAUGCAGACUGUGUGGAGACGGUGGGUAACUACACCUGCCAGUGCCAUCCUGGUUUCCUGGGGUCACGCUGUGAAGAGGCAAUCGCGUGCAAACGCCUGCUGGACCCAGAACAAGCUUCCAGCAACUGUUCCCGUCCCUAUGGGUCAAAUCGUUUCAACUCUUCCUGCCGUUUCCUCUGUGAUCUCGGCUUUCGCAUGGUGGGCGAGUCCCCUCUGCUGUGCCAGGCCAGCGGACUGUGGACCCACCCCGUUCCUCUGUGUCAAGUUGAACAGUGUUCAGUCCUGAACCACAGCAGCAUCAAGAACUGCAGCCACCCGAUCGCCUCGUACAGCUUCAAGUCCAUCUGCGAGGUUCGCUGUGAUGAAGGCUAUGAGCACCAUGGACCGGACCAGAUACGCUGCCACUACAACGGCCAGUGGACAUCCAUAGUCCAAGAUUGUACAGUAAAAAGGUGCUCCCCCGCUUUCUUUCCUGUCUCGGGCAAUGUGACCUGUGUGGACGCUGUGGAGCCUUUCUCUUUUGGUUCACGAUGCAACUUCACCUGCCAGGAAGGCUACUACCUGACCAGAGACGACGCAUACACCUGUCUGGCCUCGGGACAAUGGAGCAACCCUACACCUACAUGCAAAGUGGUGCAGUGCAACAGUUUAAAGGCUCCACCUCACGCCUCCAUGCAAUGCCAGGACCCAGGAGUGAACAGCUAUGGCUCAAUAUGCUCCGUGCUAUGUGAAGAAGGAUUUGAUCUGAUUGGUGGAAACGUGACGAAAUGUUCUGCCCAGGGAAACUGGAGUCAUGCACUUCCUGUUUGCCAGGCUAAGAGGUGUAACCCAAUAAAUCCUCCUCAUGGCUCCCUAUCCUGUUCUGACCCAAACGGACUGUUCAGUUUUGGGUCUCUGUGCAAGACAACCUGCGACGAGGGCUUUCUUCUAAAUGGGACCAACAGCACUGAGUGCACCUCCCAGGGUGUUUGGAGUGCAGACAUCCCACAAUGCUUGGCUAAAAGAUGUCCCACCCUGAGCUCUCCCUCUCAUGGCUUCAUAGUGUGCUCUGUUCCUCAUGAGGUGUUCAGUUUCGGUUCUCAGUGUGUAUCGACAUGUGAGGAGGGUUUUCUCCGGAAUGGGACGGCUGUCAAUGAGUGCACCUCUCUGGGAACAUGGAGCACAGAAAUCCCAUAUUGCUUAGCUAAAAGAUGUCCCACCCUGAGCUCUCCCUCUCAUGGCUCCUUAGUCUGCUCUGAUCCUCAUGAGAAGUUCGGUUUCACUUCUCGGUGCACGUCAACCUGUGAGGAGGGUUUUCUCCUGAAUGGGACGGCUGACAAUGAGUGCACCUCUCUGGGCACGUGGAGCACAGAAUUACCCCACUGCCUGGCACGGCCAUGCCCCCUACUGGACAAGGCCCCACAUCACGGGAGGAUGAACUGCAGCCACCCGUACUCCUCUUUCAGCUAUGACUCCAGCUGUGACUUUGAAUGUAAUGAGGGCUUCUGGCUGAGAGGAACACCAAAUAUGACAUGUAAUACCUCAGGACACUGGAGUCAGGAUCUACCCACCUGCCAGCCGUUACAGUGUGAGGCUAUCCCUGCCUUGUUUGGAUCCCUGUCUAUGAACUGCUCCCAUCCUCUGGGGAACUUCAGCUUUGGCUCUCAGUGUAGUUUUGCCUGUGAAGGGGGAUUCUCCAUGCAUGGCACUGAGCUGUUGUUCUGCUCCUCCUCUGGGAUUUGGAACGACAGCCGGCCAAACUGCACAGAGGAUCUGCCAGUGUGGGCUGCCUUGCUGCUGUCUUCAGGUUUUGGAGUAGCCUACGUGGUCGUGCUGCUGGUCCUGAUUGGACUGGUUGUGUUGAUCAUAAUGAGAUUUAGAAAAAAAAGAGGAGAUAACAUGAUGUCUGAAGCACCAGCAUGGGGAGACCGAGAGAACCCAGCAUUUGAUUUUGACUCCUAAUUUUUCUAAUCAUUUCAAUUUCUUUAGCUUAAUGCUCUCAAUCAAUAUAUCAAGCUUGUUUACUAUACAACACUGGAACCAAGAAAUUGCACGUAGUAGGAAUCGAGCUUUGCAUUGAUGGGUUAUUAAAAUGUCCACUCAAUAAAAAUGUAGAUCAUUUAAGAUUCAAAGACUUCAUUUGCAAAAGUGCAAUAUAGUGGAGUUGUUGUUAAUGAAAGUCUUAAAUCCUAAGCUAAUAAUUCACACCUUCACAUGUUCUUAACGGCACAAAGUACAGUCAAUGUGCAUCUUUUGCUCUCUGUCUCACUUUGUAUAUUGCUUGAUUGACAAUAAACUAUUUUGAAUUGUCUCCUU